AUGCUAGAGACAGCUGCCACCACUUUUGCUUCAAUUGCUGUUCUAGGCGCCGCUGGCUACUCAUACCAUCGGUACUACAAGUACCUCAUCUUAGAGAAGAUGGAGAACGCCUUCAAACCGGGUGACCCAGCACUCGAAGUUGCCGGGGUAGAAGCAGGCAAGCAUCAGUACCAUCAUGAGGAGCAUUGGGUUGUCCGCGAUGAACAACCUAGAAUUGAUCGAAUCAUCAAGGGUGGCGCGGGAGGUCGUUAUUUCUUGCUCAUUGGAGAGAAGGGCACUGGAAAGACGUCUAUGCUUCUUGAAGCGAUGCGUAAAAUCGAUGGGGAGGGCUGCGCUAUGUUUGAAGCCCAUGGCGACCUCGAAAUCUUUCGGAUCAGACUAGGGAAAGCGUUGGAUUAUGAGUUCCACGAAGACUACAUUGGAAGUCUUUUCAGCAUUAAGGGUCCUCGAGAUACCACACCACUCUUAGAUAUUGAGCGCGCAUUUAACAAGUUAGAGAAGGUGGCUCUGACGCGAAGACGCCAGGGCUUGCCCGCUUUGAUAUUAAUCAUUAAUAGUACCCACUUGGUUCGAGACGACCAUGACGGUCAGGAUCUGCUGGAAAUGAUUCAGCAACGGGCGGAGCAAUGGGCAGCUAGCAAUUUGGUGACGACUGUUCUUAACAGUGAUGAUUACUGGGUAUACGAACGCCUUAAGCGAUACGCAACCAGAAUGGAAGUUAUUCCCGUUUCGGAUCUGCCCAAGGGACGGGCGAUGGAUGCCCUACGGAGGUACCGUAGACAGUACUUUGGUGAGGAACUAUCUCACGAAACCCUUGAGGAAAUCUAUGAUAAAGUUGGCGGGCGUUUGUCCUACCUAAACCGGGUUGCAAAGGCCAAAGACUAUAUGAAACUCUGUGAUAGCAUAUGCGAGGCCGAAAAGAAGUGGUUUCUUAACAAGUGCUGGAUCCUUGGGCCGGAAAUGGACGACGACGUCAUGGAUGAGCAGAAGUACUCAUCUGCCGCUAUGGUUCUCGCUAAAGCACUUGUCGACAAGGAAAAAGAAAUGGAGAAAAUAUAUGAUCCCGAGAGAGGCCAUAUUCUUCCGGAGAUUCCUCUGCAUAAGGCACGGGAGAUUAUGACGAGAGCGGACUUUAUCCAAAGUUAUGAUCAUGAUAAUAUCUUUACAAUUGACUCUCGGGCUAUGGUCCGGGCCGAUUCAGUCCCCAUGCAGAGAGCUUUCCGAGACAUAUGCGCAUUUGAAAAGUUUGAUGAGCAUCUGGAGGGCACUCUGGAGCGUAUUGGCGAUAUUGAGAGUCUUGGGCGGACCCGCGAGCUCACGAUCAAGGAUCUCUGGAAUCAGGGUAAAUAUCAGCUUACCAUGCGGGAUCAGAAGGGUCAUGGCAAUGGUGUCGUUGAAUUCUCGGCGGUAGAGGCAAUGUCUCCUCGCAAGAAGGAAGUGCUAUCAGUUGUAACAGCGACUGCAGAUAGCGGCGCAGAAGAGCCUGAGAGCAGGUUGCGCCAGAAGACUCGGUUAGAACGGAUUCCCCAGCCAGCGCGGUUUGUCCUCGUCGUUCUCAGUAGCCUGGCACUGAGUGCUGGAUUCUUCAGUCUUACGUCUGGAGCUACCCUUGGUGAACUGGGAGGUGUGAGCAGGCAUCUUGAAGCAUGGUGGGAAGUGGGGGGUCUUACAGUCUGGAAGGGAGUGGAGGUUGGGGUUGCUUGGGUCUUGGGCUUUGAUGGGCGGGAUGUAUCAUCUUUCAUCUUCCUCACUCACCUCCCCACCUACGCACUUCUGGCUUCUUUCUACAACAUCCGUCCCACCACGGUGUUGAUCUCCUACGCAAUCAUCUUAUUCUCGACUUCAGUCCCCUUCGUACUCCUGCGCAAGCCGAAUUCCGUGCACGACCUGUCGCAUGCACCCUCCGAUGCAGUCAACAACCGCUCGAUCCUUCUAGACCGCGCAACAACUCUCUACACCACUAUCGCUGCGACCUCCAUCCUCACAGUCGUCUUAUACAUGAGCUACGCAACCUGGCUCCCAACACAGCUAGUCCUUCACUUUCAAAACAUCCCCGACAUUAGCGCCGUCCACGCUGGCCCCGCGGGUCUCCCAACCCUCUUCCUCGCCCUCCUCCCUGCCGGCUGGGCGGCGAGGGAUUUCCUCUUCGUCAGCUCGGCUGGUGCGGCAUCAACUAAGAAGGUCGACACGACUGAGAAGAGCGCCUCAUCGCACGAAGGCGAGUAUCUUGCUUGUGCAAUCUAUCGAAAGACAUGGGGCGCACUGUCACCCAAGAUGAAAGUCCUUACCUCGCGAACAGUUCUCCUUGCUGCCAUGUUGGUCGCCAAUACCGUCGUCCAGUUAGCAGGGACAGUCGAAGGAAUCAGCAUCGAGGGCGCAUCAGCUUGGGGCUCUGUCUGGGCCGUCGGGGUCUUGGCCGUGGGUACAACUUUUGGUUGGAUCGAGUCGGUUGACGGCGUAUAA